ACACACGCGCAAAGGCAAAGGCAAAAGGAAGACCCGUGAGCGCGAGUGACCCCCCAACAAAUUCAUUCCCCAAACCAGAACCAGCUAGGGUUCCUCGACCUCGCCGUCGCCUCCCUUCACCUGACCAUGGCCGGCGCUGGCGAUCCCCACCGUCCUCCGCCUCCUCGUGGUACCGUUGGGUCGAGCUACCUGGACAUGGAAGAGCAGACGGAGAGCCAUGAGGAAUACAUCUCCCGCCUCCUAGGGGAGAGACCCAGUCAGCCACAAGGGGAUCCCUCCGGUGAGCCCUCCCGUGAGCUAAAUCUCCGCUACGUGGAACACAGGGAAAGGUGCAGGGAGGAAAGGAAGGAAAGGCAAGCCAGGGAAAGCCCGGGAAGCAGCAAACAGGGCCCGGAGGCAGAGAGCCAAGGACAAGAAGAAGCGCCGCCAGGCAGCCCUCGCCCUGCAGCUAGAGCAGGGACCCAGUCAGCCACUGGGGGAUCCCUCCGGUCACCCGCACCCGCAGGAGCUCGUGUUCGCCAGAGUGUUCUCUACUCAGAUCGCCCCAGGCGAUCCAGGAGACCUUCUCAAGACAAGCUACCGGUCGAGGAGCAUGCUGGCGAGGUGAGCAGCAGGGAGUUUGAAGCACUGACAUUGGGUCAAUCAAUUCCUACUGACUCAACUCACAGGGUCGAGGAGCAUGCAAUCAAUAAGAGUAGCAGGGAGUUUGAAGCAGUGACACUGGAUCAAUCACCACCUGCACUUGACCCAACUGAAAGGUCCAAUGAAUGUGUUUAUGAAUCUACCAGCAGCGAGUCUGAGUCUGAGUCUGGCCUAGAAAUUGAGGAGGAGAAGCCCAAAGUUGAAUCAGAUUCUGAUACGGAGGAGCUUCAGCGUAAACUCGAUGAGCACAUACAGAUGCUUAGGUCCAUGAGCCUCGAGGAAAGGCACGCUAAGAUUUUUGCUGCUCGGGAAGCCUCUCUAGCUGCUUGGAAGAAGAGAAGUUCAGCUAAAGUGCAUAUGGAGAAUCUUCCUGGCGCUGUCGAGUGUGCGAGAAAACAGUCUUUGCUAGACUUUAGUGUCGAGAAACUUCCCCAUGGCGUUGAAUGGGCUAGGAAACAGGCUUUGAUAUAUUUAAAAGAAACUCAACCAAGGUGCGAAGUUUCUGACGAAGAUAUUAUUCAAAAUGCGAAAAAGUGGAUGACUGAAGAGGCCAUGGUGGCUUUCAGAAAUUACGCUGAAAGAUGCCCCAAUCUCAAGGAUCUCGAGUACCAGUUUGAGACACUUCGCCACCAAUGUUUUAAUGUGGAAUGUUAUUACAAAAUUUUCCACCACUACAACUUCAGCGUGAAGGUCAAGGAUCCAAGUUCAGUUGAUUGGACAGUGACAAUGUAUUUUGCUGAAGUAAAGGAAAUAUUUGGGAGAAAAUACUAUUUCUGCCGUCCUCUGGAAUCAACUGAAAAUGGUCAUUGUUAUGCGUGCCUUAACCAAGGAGUGACUGAUCUGAGGCAUCCAGCUACAGGGGGAUUUGACACGGGUUUUUCAGAUACUGUAUUCCCUUAUAUGUAGGUGGAUUGCCUGCACUUGUUGUCACCAUGAACGGGAGAUAACGAUUAGAAGUUUAGUAAGACAGAUUAUUGUUUUGGCGUGAUUUGCUUUGAAUCUAGUGGUUCAGGCUCCAGAUACUAGAAGAUGGUGAUUAUGACAAUGUAUUUACAGUAGUUUGUUUGUACCUACCCCUGAUACAGCAGCAUUUAAUUAGAUUGCAGCAGGUAAUCAUUAAUUUGGUUAAA